AUGGCAACAACAGCCAAGAAGUCCAAGGCGGCCCACUAUGCCCAGAGAUUCGCUGUAGAGAGCGAGCCAGGUCUCACCACCGCCCAACUCAUGCUGUACAACCACGAUCUUGCACCUGUCGAGCCUGAACGCCGCCAGUGGGGUGCAUGGAACUUCGUUGGUUUCUGGGUCGCCGACUCCUUCAACAUCAACACAUGGAUGAUCUCAGGGAGUAACAUCGCCGAUGGACUAUCGUGGUGGCAGUCCUGGAUCUGUGUCUGGCUCGGUUACUCCAUCGCUGCGUGCUUCGUUUGCAUGACCGGGCGCAUUGGUGCUACGUACCACAUCUCGUUCCCCGUCGUCAACCGCUCCUCUUUCGGUGUCUGGGGAGCGCUAUGGCCCGUCUUCAAUCGCGCAGCCAUGGCCUGUAUUUGGUACGGUGUACAAGGAUGGAUUGGAGGUACCUGCGUCUACCUCAUGAUUCGAGCCAUCUGGAGCAACUGGCGUGAUGAGGAUGCGAACGGCGGCAUCAAGAACGGCAUCUCCAGUUCUGGCACAUCCACCGUCCACUUUGUCUCGUUCUUUUUCUUCUGGCUUGGAUCCCUCCCGUUUCUCUGGCCUUCGGUUCACAAGAUCCGUCAUCUGUUUACCGUCAAGGCGUAUGUUGUGCCCACCGCUGGCAUUGCCUUCUUCAUCUGGUCGAUCGUUCGCGCCAAAGGCCUCGGUCCCAUUGUGCAUCAGACUGGCUCCAAGUCCGGCUCUGAGCUCGGUUGGCUCAUGGUUCGUGGCAUUAUGUCUGCCAUUGCCAACUUUGCUACUUUGAUCGUCAACGACCCUGAUUUCGCCCGUUUCGCCCACAAGCCCUCUGACGCCUUCCUUCCACAGCUCAUCACUAUUCCUGUUGGUUUCGCCAUCACCUCGUUCAUUGGUAUCAUAGUAUCGUCCUCUUCCACCGUCAUCUUUGGCGGUGACCCUAUCUGGAACCCUCUCGAUCUUCUCACAAAGUUCCUCGAGGAAGGUGGCUCCGCGCAACGCUUUGGAGUUUUUGUAAUCGCCGCGGCCUUUGCGCUCGCCCAGCUCGGAACCAACAUUGCCGCCAACUCCAUCUCCGCUGGAACAGACAUGACUGCCCUGCUCCCACGCUGGAUCUCUAUCCGCCGCGGAUCCUACGUCUGCGCGCUCGUUGGCCUCGUCAUGUGCCCCUGGAACCUUCUCAGUGAUACAAACAGCUUCACUACCUACCUCUCUGCCUACUCUGUGUUCCUAUCCUCCAUUGCGGGUGUCAUGAUCUGCGACUACUAUAUCGUCCGCAAGGGAUAUCUUCAAAUUAAGGACUUGUACUCCGGCAGAAAGACGGGACCCUACUACUACACACUCGGUUUCCACUGGCGCGGAUACGCCGCCUACAUUGCCGGUAUCCUCAUUAACGUCGUUGGGUUCGCAGGCGCGGUCGGCCGCGAUGUACCUGUUGGAGCGAAACGCAUCUACGAUUUGAACUUCUUCGCCGGCUUCCUAGUCGCGAGCAUCACAUACUGGGCGCUCUGCAAGAUCAGCCCGAUUCCAGCCACCAGCGACGUCUGGUGCGAAGUCGGCGACGAGAUCACCGAUAUGUCUGUCGCUUACAGUGAUUCGGAACACGACAACUACGACGAGGAAGCGAUGCAUGGCGGGAAAGGUGCAGCCGCUAAGAUUGGGGAGGCGGAAGCGCACUCCACUUUCUAG